AUUGUAGGGAUCGAAUGUAAACUAUGGAGCGGUAGCUAAAUCUGAUGAAAUUUAUCGGCCUUUGUCCGCUAUUUUAGGGAUUCUUUUUUUUAACAUCAUUUUUCAAACAAAAAGAAUAAAAUAAAAAAAAUAUAUGUAAAUAUAUUACACAAUAUUUGUAACAAGUUUUUGCGCUAUAAAUGCUAUAACAACAAGUCGGUAAUAUAUAUUUAAAAAAAAGUAAACAAGUUAAAGUAAAAUAAUAAAAUAAAAAAUUUCUCAAAGUAAAUUUCUUACGACAUUUCGAUUCAUUCGUAAAUAAAAGUAAAACAACAACAAAUUUUCACCCGAGUUCAAAUCUUAUAAAAAUCGAAUUAAUUAAUACCAUAUCCAGUGAUGACAGUUUCUUUUUUGUAAUUUAAACAAAAUAAUUAAUAACCAAAAGUAAUAAUAAAUUGUGUGUUGUUAAUAUUUCUAUCUAAAAAAUUUAAAGAAAGUUAAAGUAAAUUUAAAACGGAGCAACAACAACAUCAUUCAAAACGUCAAUGUGAAACAAAUGUUCUAAAUCAUCAAUAAUAGCAGCAACAACAACAACAACAACAACAACAAAGAAAAGCGAUUAAUUUUCUCCCGACUUGAAUGAAAGUUUAUCCCGGUUGAUUCUAAUUCUAAAUGUUUGUUUUUAUACCAAAAAUCUUUAAAUCGUGUUAAUGUUUCAAGCGUCGUUUCGCUAAACUCAACGUAAAUUUCGUAUGCAAAGAAAAAGUGUCAUCAUCGAAAGGUGAAUCUACACAAACACACGCGCACUUACACGAAUCAACACAUCAGCAUUGCUAUUGGUAUAUAGCCGAAAUUCGAGAAAACCAACAAAAACUACAGGCCAAAAUUCCAUUUUCGACGUGUGAAAAAGCCAAUUCUUCACAAUUUUCUGUUUGCAUAAAUGCGAUUUGUCACAUCGACAUUUAUUCUCAUGAACGAAUCAACAAUUCAUUGGCAAUAAGCGCAAAUUUUCAUCAUCAACAGCGGCAUCAUCAGAAUAGAAUUGAAUACCAUCAUUUUUUGACAUACUGGUCUCAGCCACUGGAACAGUACUCGUCAUUUGAAAGCCAAAACAAAACAAAAAUAAUAAUAAAAAUCAAUCGAACUUUUCAUUUAUCUUCAUUUUGGAAAUUGUGCAGAAAGCAUUGAUCCUUACAAAAAUUAAUUCAAUGGUUGAUAACUGGUUGGAAGGAAAUUAGAGAAGAGAGAGCACGUUGCCAAAUUUUCAGUGAAGAGAGUUUAAAGCCAUAAUACGAUCGACGGGCCAAACCAACUCAAUUUUUUUUGGACUGUCAUUGUGCACACACAAAUCAAUUAAUCAAAUCGGAACUAUAUUUACCAGGAGCAACCAAUCACAUCCCCGAAUGAUUAUAGUUUAUGAAAAAGAAGCGAACAGCAUCAGAAUUGUAACGCCAUUUGGAAGCUAAUCAUCAAAUCGUCUUCAUUUUGUUUAAUUGCGGCAAAUAAACAAUCAAAAAAAAAGAAGCCACCACACAGUGGAAAACCAAAACAUCAUACCAUUCGUCAAGAGAAAUCAACAUUAAAAAAAGAAGAAGCGGAAAUCGGAAUACACAAUUGAACCGACCAAAUCAAUCCAACAGCAACUGUAUUUUUCAUUAGAUUUUCCUUUUUGUACAAAAUGGUGAAACAAAUUCUCGAAGAAAAUUUAAAUGACGCGAAUUCGACCACGCACAAUGAAAUUUCACGCUAUUCGAGUGAAGAAAUUUCAGGAAAUGAGUCGAAUGAAGUAACAUCUAUGACGGAGUCUGAACGACAAGCCGAAAUCAAUCGCCAGAAGGAAGAAAUGAAAAUCAAACGUCGCAAAAAGAAGCGAACAAGCUCAUCAAUGCAAUCAUCUACAUUUAAAGAAUUGUACAAGCUAACUGGUGAUAUUUUGGGAGAGGGCGCAUAUGCUUCCGUUCAAACAUGUGUAAAUAUUUACACAGAUUUGGAAUAUGCCGUGAAAAUUAUUGACAAAAUUCCAGGCCAUGCACGUGCCCGUGUUUUUCGCGAAGUGGAAACAUUCCACCAUUGUCAAGGACAUCCUGGCAUUCUGCAAUUGAUCGAAUUCUUCGAAGACGAGGAUAAAUUCUAUCUGGUGUUUGAGAAGAUCAAUGGUGGUCCGUUGCUAACGCGAAUUCAAGAGCAUGUUCGUUUUUCGGAGCACGAGGCAGCUCAAAUUAUCAAGGAGAUUGCAUCGGGUCUUGAUUUUCUCCAUAAAAAGGGAAUUGCUCACCGUGAUUUAAAACCGGAAAAUAUUCUAUGUGUCUCAACGGAAAAAUUGUGUCCAAUUAAAAUAUGUGAUUUUGACUUGGGAUCUGGCAUCAACUUUACCACGGAAUUGUCAUCACCGUCAGCUACACCACUACUAUUAACACCGGUCGGCAGUGCCGAGUUCAUGGCACCAGAAGUAGUGACGUUGUUUGAAGGUGAAGCCAAUUACUAUGAUAAGCGAUGCGAUCUAUGGUCAUUGGGUGUCAUAGCCUACAUCCUACUCUGUGGCUAUCCUCCUUUUUCGGGUAAUUGUGAAGAAGACUGUGGUUGGAACCGUGGCGAGAACUGUAAAAAUUGCCAAAAAUUGCUAUUCGAAUCAAUUCAAGAAGGUCGAUUCAGUUUUCCAGAUAGUGAAUGGGCAGACGUAAGCAAUGAAGCAAAAGAUUUGAUAAGAGGCCUUCUAGUGAAGAAUGCCCCAAAACGAUUGAGCGCAGAAGCUGUGCUACAUCAUCCAUGGAUCAAAAUGGCCGAAAGCGAAAAUGCCGAUAAAAUGAUGAUGGAGCGGCGACAUAGAGCAUUGAAAACACCGGGUAUUAUUAGACGUAACCAAUCGGCACGUGAAUUGAGUCACUUUGCCGAAUCUGCAAUGGCUGUGAAACGUGUAAUAAUGCAGCAUUUUUCAAUGAAAUACGAUUACAUGAAUAAAGAACGUCCGAACAUUUACCAUCCAUCACGAGCUGGUGUACGUGCUGAUCCAUCGAUUACAAAUGCAUCUCAUAUUAAUCGAUCGAAUAGCAAUGAUGACGGCGACGAUGAAACGUUGCACAAUUCAAGCGAGUCCACACCUCCAGCUGACGACAAUCAUUUGGUCGAUUCGAUGAAUGACAACGGCACCAACAUCUACAAUAUCAACCAUGAUGAUGGAUGCAAUAGUGAAUUGUAUGAUGGUGAACAACGAGAGAGAAUUUCUGACUUGGAUUCGGAUCUGAGCUUAAGAAAAGUGCCAGCAACGAAAAAACAAAUGCUUUCCAUUGAAGAGCAACUAAAUGACGCUGUGCGCUCAUUGAACGAACAUCAAAUGCAAUCGAAUGCAGUUGCAGCAGCAGCAGCAGCCGCAGCCAAUCGUCGUUCACAAUCCGCAUUAAAAAUGUACGCUACAUCGAAUGGCCUAGGUAGUAUUAUAGAAAAGUUAUCAAUGGAUGAUUCCGAUACAAAUGCUACAAUUGUUGAGUCACCAUUUAAAAAACCGCAAGUGAUAGUGAAAAAUUCUGGUCUCGAUGCGAACGCCAAGAAUGUGCCAUCGUCGAAUAUUCGUCACGAGAUCCAGGAUAGCCAUGCCCAACAGAAAAAACCCAUGGCUAUUAAUACACGUAACAAUAUUCGACCAGAAGAAAAUUGGCGUUAUCGCAGCAACAGCAAUUCCUUGGAGAAUAAACAACAAACAAGGAAUAUGCCAGCGAUGGGUUUCAAAACUUAUCGUAAUUUUACGAAUAAUUAUGUGAAUUCAUCGAACAUCGAUAGAGCCGCUGCUCUCUACCAUCACAAUGCGGCAAACAAUAAUAACGGCUACCGUAAAAUGCAGCAGCAACAACAGCAGCCGUAUCAGAAAUAUCAGAACGAGCAUCAUGCGUAUGGUGGCAAAGGUAAAGGAUAUGAAUCUUCAGCAAACACUGGCAUUAACUGGCGCAACGAAUGUCGACACACCGUCGAUUUUGAUGAAGAUUCAAGCCUAAGCGUUGGUCUAUCACCACCAUCGGAAUCAGUUCUACUACAACGACGCAUUAUGCGACGAUCGGAUAUUUCAAUUCGAAGUCCACCCCCGCAAACAGCAAGCGGUUAACGAGUUUUUAUUUGGACUCAAAACCAUUCACAUUUUUUUUUUCUAUUUUUUUUUCAUUGGUUCAUGAACUUUCUUCUUCAAUUAAGUCCAACUGUAGAAGAGCAAACAAUUGUAAUCGUAAUCGAUUCUUGUUUACCUAUAUACAUAUUUUUUUUAUUCACAAAGCAAUUUGAUGAAGAUUUUCCUUUUGUUUUUUUUCUUCUUCUUAACCAGUCCAAAUCGAGAUAUAGUUAUGGUAAAAAAUCAAUUAAAUGUUACUUGAAUCAGAGAAAAUAAUAUUUUUUAAAAAAUUUCUUGUAGAUUUUUUUUUAGAAAACAAAAAUGAUAUUUAAGUUGAACUAAGCAAAAAAAUCGCUAAAACUACAAAAAAAUCCACACAAAAAAAUCCUUAGAGAUGAUGCUAUAAAUUAAGCAAUACGAUCGACUGAAAUUUUAACAAAACAUAAGCAUUUUUAUAGAAAAAAAUAGUAAACUCUUUUGCGUAAUUAAAGAAAAAAUAAUUGGCAUGGAAAAUACAAAAAAAAAAAAAAAACAAAUUUGCAAGAGAGCAACAACGAGAGGGUACAUUAACAUAUAGAUAUGAUAUUUAAUACUUUUGAAUUUGAGAGCAAUGUAAAAGUUAAAACCUCUCACACACUCUCACUCUCUCGUAUGGUACUGGCUUCCAUUACUUAAAAAUAAAACAAACAUAUAAUAAAAACAAAACGAAAGAAAAGGAAAUACCAUUCUGGAAAAUUGAGCGAAACUCUCUCCACAUACGGAAGAGCAUUGAUGAAAAUGUAAUAAAAACGAAUUAUUAAACAGAAUUUAGUUUAUAAAACCGAAGAAAUUUAUAAAAAAAAAACAAUAAAAGAUGAAAAACGAAAAUAUAUAGAAUAUGUGAAAAAUGGUGGACGUAUCGAUCUUGAGUUGAUUAACUGCAAUUGAAUUUGUAGGCGAAGUGUCUUUCAUGAGUUUCGUUCAAGUUUUGUGUGUAAUUUCCAAACCAUUUUGCACACACAUACAAACACAUUUUUGAAGACUUUCAAAUGUUUCCUUAAAUUCCCCAGUUCACAUAUAACCUGCACUAUGUGACAAUAUACAUAUAAACAUAUAUAUAUACAUAUAAAAUUCCUCAGAGCGCCGAGAAACUGAUAGAUAUGUUAGAUGGUGCGAAUAAAAACAUGCCUUUGCGCACACAUUCAUAUGCAUAGAGUCGUUUUUAGUACAGAAUUUUCGAUGAUCCAUCGAAAUCACUCUUUUCUCUCUUAUUGGAAUGUAACAACACCAGAAAAAAAUCGAAAAGAAUAAGAAAGCAAAAAUAUGAUAUGAAAAAAAUGAUACAAAAAAAACACAAAAUAAAAAAUUAAUACGUUUGAUAAAUUUAAAUUUAGAAACCAAGUAAGUGAAGAGAGAAUUUUUCUAAUGUGAACGACUGCAUAGCAUAAAAAUAAUGAGAGAAAAAAAAAUUUAGUCAUUAUAAAAAAAGAAUCAUUAUUGUUAUGUUUAUACAUUUUUUUUCUUCAGUAAGCCUUGUCUUUUUUUACACUAAAAACCUAUUUGUACAAAUUUGCGUGAGAUAUAAAUAUUGGAAGCGACAACGAAUCAAAAAUUCGAUCGUAUUUAAGAAAGCAUGAAAAAAAAGAUGAGCAAAGCCAGAGCACUCUCACAAACACACAUAAUACACUCGAAUAACAAAACUAAAAUUAAUAUUGAAGAGAAUUUAAUUGAAAAACAACAAAAAAAAAAACAUUCUGCACACUAACCAAAUGAGUCAAACAAACAAAAAAUCACACAUCAUAAAUCGAUCAAUUACAACAUUGAUUGGCGAUUGAAAAGUAAAACAGAAAAGAAUGAGCUAGAAAAAAAAAACAAUAAAUGAAAUCCACCAUUAGAUUUAUAAAAUAAAAAUGAAAAUGAUUGUGAAGUAAUUUGUUUGCAAUACUGUUGAUUCGCAAUUCUCAAAAUGGAUGUUAAAAACGUACAUUUUCCAAAUAAUUGUGAGCGGUUGAAUCUUAAUUUUGGUCAUUUUUGUUUUCUGUGUUUGAUAAAAAAAUCGCCAAAAUUGAGAUUUAUUUGAGAGAAUUUGCAUUUAUUAGUAGUAUUCCACGACAAAUUCGAUAAAAAUUAACGAAAAGAAAAAAACCAUGAGAAAUAUCAAUAACAAGAAUGUAAAUCUAACCAAAUAAACGUAAAAUGCAAUCCAGCGUGAAUUACAUCGACGCUUCAACACUCUCUAUUCUAUAAAAGUCAAAAUUGCAAAGCAUUUAAAAGUUCGGGGUCUAUUAAAUGUUGAUUGAUUCAGGGAAUUUAAACAAAAAGAAAAUACAAAUGAUAGAAACAAACAAAUUAAUAGCAAUCGAACGACCAAACGUGUAAUUGAAUUUUCGUAUCUAUUUCAGAUGAUAUUUGCUUUUGAUUUAUAAAGAUAAAAUCGUUGAUUUUAGGAAAUGAGAGUGAAUGAAAGAAGUCAUUGUUUCACCGCAUUUGUUUUACACGAAAAUCCACAAAUUUCCGUUUUUCGUGAUAAAACUUCAAAAACAUUUAUUCGGUCAGAUAACAGUUACGAAUCCCAAAUCCGUUUCCAAAUCGAAUGAUUGAUGACAAAUUUUACAAGAUUUUUCUCCGCUAAUAAAAAUUGAAAAGAUGCAGAAACUAAACGAGAGAUAUAUAUACACACACUCAUUUCCACAUUAAAAAUCAAUGUGAUAAUUUGUAAUUAAAAUUAAAGUCAAAGAAGAAGAUGAAGAAGAAGUUGAAAUUGUUAACUUUCGCAAUGAAGAAAACAAAAGGAGAACAGAUGAAUGAAAGAAGAAGAAGGAAAAACUCUAUGUUUGUGGUAUAAAUGUACAAACACAUACCAAUAAAAUACGUAGUAUUUGAGGUGGGGACAGCAGUGAGACAGUUUUCGUGCUCGUCGCUUUUCCCACCUCUCAAAACAAAUAAAAAUAAUAAUUUUUGUACAAUAUUUGCAAUUCAAUCAA